GAGGCGACUGGAACUACGCUUCCCGGCGUGCCCCGCGCAGCGCGGGAACCCGGAAGUGAGCGAUGGAGGCGGGGAGCGCGGGGCCCCGCGGUGGAACUUGCCCGGGUGUUUCCUGGCGACGGGGGAAGUGAGGAGCCGCCGCCAGCGCGGAGAGUGGGAACCGCGUUUCUCCCCCUCCCGGGCGCCCGAUCUACCAUGAGACCCGCCAUCUUCCCGCUCCUGCCUGACCCUGGUUGCCUCCUCCUUCUCCUGGUGUCUUGGCUUUUUAAUCCAACAAGAAGUGAAAUAACAAGUCUAGAUAGUGGAAAUAUAGAUGACAUUUUAAACAAUGCAGAUGUUGCUUUAGUUAAUUUUUAUGCUGAUUGGUGCCGCUUCAGCCAAAUGCUGCAUCCUAUUUUUGAGGAAGCUUCUAACGUAAUUAAGGAAGAAUAUCCAGAUAAGAAUCAAGUGGUGUUUGCUAGAGUAGACUGCGAUCAGCAUUCGGAUAUAGCUCAGAGAUACAGGAUAAGCAAGUAUCCAACUCUGAAACUCUUCCGGAAUGGAAUGAUGAUGAAGAGAGAAUACAGGGGCCAGAGAUCUGUGACAGCAAUAGCAGAUUAUAUCAGGCAGCAGAAGAGCAACCCUGUUCGGGAGGUCCAGGAUUUGGAAGAAAUCAGUUCUCUUGAUCACAGCAGAAGAAAUAUUGUUGGAUACUUUGAGCAAAAGGACUCUGACAAUUACAGAACCUUUGAAAGAGUAGCGAAUAUUUUGCAUGAUGAUUGUGUAUUCCUGUCUGCCUUCGGGGCUAUUUCAAAAGCAGAGAGAUUUAGCGGAGACAAUGUAAUCUACAAGCCACCAGGGGAAAAUGCUCCAGAUAUGGUGUAUUUAGGCUCGCUAACCAAUUUUGAUUUGAUUUAUGCAUGGACACAAGAUAAAUGUGUACCACUAGUUCGAGAAAUUACAUUUGAAAAUGGGGAGGAACUGACAGAAGAAGGCCUUCCUUUUCUCAUACUUUUCCACAUGAAAGAUGACUUGGAGAGUUUAGAGAAAUUCCAACAGGAGGUUGCACGACAGUUAAUAAGUGAAAAAGGUACAAUAAACUUCCUCCAUGCUGACUGUGAUAAAUUCAGGCACCCACUCCUCCACAUUCAGAAGACUCCAGCAGACUGCCCUGUUAUUGCCAUUGAUAGCUUUAGGCACAUGUAUGUCUUUCCAGACUUCAAUGACUUGUCAGUUCCAGGUAAACUGAAACAAUUUGUACUAGACUUGCAUUCUGGAAAAUUGCAUAGAGAGUUUCAUCAUGGCCCUGAUCCAACUGAUGUAGCACCUGGUCAGCCAAUUCAGGAUUUAGCAAGCAGCCCACCAGAGAGCUCAUUCCAGAAACUGGCACCCAGUGAACAUAGGUACACCUUAUUGAGGGAAAAAGAUGAACUUUAAAAACUUGAAUUAAUCUUGCAAGCCUUUCAGACAGCAGCAUUGACUUCUGUGUGGUGGAAAUAGUAAACCUAUAUUUUCAUAAUUCUAUGUGUAUUUUUAUUUUGAAUAAACUGAAAAAUAAUUUUUUCCUCCCCAGGCUUGUAAAUACAUUUGUUUGGUGGGUCAUUCUGUACAGCAUCUUUCAAACAGUAUGUUCCUAAUGGUAUUGUCAAAUAUCAGAGACCCAUCCAGACUCUUGAUCUAACUCUGUUCUGUAAAACUUUUAUAAUCCAAAUGAAGGUAUCCUUGCCAGAGACAUGCUGUUAACUUGCACUAUCCCAUUAAAUAGGACUUUUGGGUUGUUUUCUGUGUAACCUUGGUAGUAUGUGCUUCUUCUUCUUCUUCUUCAUGUGAACAGCUAUCCUGGUAAUCUAUUUCUUUGUCACAUUUUUCUCCAACUUAAAGAGGGUCUUCUAUUCUGGAUACUCGGGAGGGGAAUAAAUUAAAGUUUUACAGAAUCUC